AUGUCCUCCGUCACUGCCGCCAACCCCCGCAUCAUCCAGUUCACGGUGAAGACGCCCAAGAUGAAGAAGGAUUUCAUGGUGCCGGACAACAUCACCGUCAAGCUGUUCAAGGAAGUUGUCUCCAAGCACUUCCACUGCCAGAGCAACCAGCUGGUGCUGGUGUUCUUCGGGAGGCUCCUGAAGGAGCAGGGCAGGCUGAGCCCGUCCGCGAGCGCCCGCGCGUCCCCGGUGCCCCCCAGCGCGUCCCGCACGUCCAGCAGCACCGCGGUGCCCGUGCGGAGCAGCCCCAGCGAGUCGGACGCCUGGAGCGCCGGGAGCGCGGAGCAGCCCAGCUCGGCCGUCAUGGUGCAGGCGCUCGAGAGCCUCUUCGCGCAGAGCCUGCUCUCCAACCCCGACCUCAUGAGGCAGCUCAUCAUGGCCAACCCGCAGAUGCAGCAGCUGGCGCAGCAGAUCCCGGAGAUCGGCCACAUCCUGAACAACACCCACGUCAUGAAGGAGAUGCUGGACAUGGUCAAGAACUCCGACAUGCUGCGGGAGAUGAGGAGCCGGGACCGAGCAGCGAGCAACCACGAGCCCCAGCUGGGAGCUGACAGCGCGUUGGCGUGCGUGGGCACGGAGAGCCAGGACACGGCGUGGACCGCGGUGCGCGAACAGUUUGGAAACAGCCUCGUGGCUUCCCCGGUGAGAAACCGGUCCCUGGAGAGGCCGUGCAGGAGGAGCCAGCUCGCCUCCGAGACGCGGGAGCACUCGGGGCCCCCUUCUCCAUCACAGAGCGCCACCAGCAUCGCCACCAGCAGCACCGACCCGGACCCCGGCGUCACCCCGCGCCAGCUCGCGUUGCCCGUCCUGGGCGCCGAGCCCCCCGGCGCCGGGGGCGUCCAGAACAUGCUCCACCAGGUCACCGAGUCCCUGCAGCUCAUCGUGAACCUCUGCGCCUUCUACACCAAGUGGAUGACGCUGCUGCUGCUGCAGCGGUCCCAGCUGGAGGCCGAGGCCACGCGGCAGCAGCAGGACGCGGCGCAGCGGCUGCCCGACGUCCUGCAGCGCAUCCAGAACCCCGAGAUGCUGGCGGCCAUGUCCAACCCCAAGGCCAUGCAGGCCUGCUUGCAGAUCGAGCAGGGCUUGCAGGUGCUGGCGCUGGAAGCGCCCGUGCUCAUCCCGUGGUUCUCCUUCCGCCUGCGGAGCCUGGGAAACGCGGGCAGCUCCACGAGCGCCGUGAACGGCAGCUCCGGCUCCGGAGAGUCGCCCCCACACUACGAGCCCCGGCAGCAGAGGAGCGACGACGUCUAG